AUGAGCAUUUUCACUUUUAUUCCUAGCUCUUUCCCAAACAUCGCAUUUGGACCUAUCGCCUUCCGCGUCCCCCACGCUUCUCCCCACCGUCUCUCACACACCUCCCCACGCACACGCCCACUCUUCCCACCGUCGCCCAAGCUUUCCCCCACCGUCGCUUCCCCUUAUCGCCGCUCACGCUUCCUCCGGCCUUCCCCCACACCGUCGCUCACGCCUUUCCCCACCUUCCCUCACGUUUCCCCUCUCAUCGCCCACGAUUCCUCCCACCGUCGCCCACGCUUCGGAGCACCGUCACCCACGCUUUCCCCACCGUCGCCCACGCUUCCCCCCACCGUCGCCCACGCUUCCCCCCACCGUCACCCACGCUUCCCCCCACCGUCGCCCACGCUUCCCUCCACCGUCGCCCACGCUUCCCCCCACCGUCGCCCCCGCUUCCCCCCACCGUCGCCCACGCUUCCCCCCACCGUCGCCCACGCUUCCCCCCACUGUCGCCCACGCUUCCCCCCACCGUCGCCCACGCUUCUCCCCACCGUCGCCCACCGCCACCGUCGCCCACCGCCACCAUCCAGCACCCUUCCGUCGCAUACACGUUCAUUCAUUACCCCUUCCCUCAUCUCCCCAUUCCUCAUCUCCCCUUCCCUCAUCUCCCCAUUCCUCAUCUCCCCUUCCCUCAUCUCCCCAUCCCUCACCUCCUCAUCCCUCACCUCCCCAUCCCUCUCCUCCCCAGCCCUCUCCUCCCCAUCCAACACCUCCCCAUCCCUCAUCUCCUCAUCCCCCUCAUCUCCCCAAUCCGCCUCACCCCAUUCCGCCCCGCCCCACCCCAUUCCGCCCCACCCCUUUUUGCCCCACUCCAUUCCGCCCCACCCCUUUCUGCCCCACCCCAUUCCGCCCCACCCCAGCCUCCUCCCCAGCCUCCUCCCCACCCUCCUCUCCAGCCUCCUCCCCACCCUCCUCCCAGCCUCCUCCCACCCUCCUCCCCAGCCUCCUCCCCACCCUCCUCCCACCCUCCUCCCCACCCUCCUCCCCACCCUCCUCCCCACCCUCCUCCCCACCCUCCUCCCCACCCUCCUCCCACCCUCCUCCCCACCCUCCUCCCCACCCUCCUCCCCACCCUCCUCCCCACCCUCCUCCCCACCCUCCUCCCCACCCUCCUCCCCAGCCUCCUCCCCAGCCUCCUCCCCACCCUCCUCUCCAGCCUCCUCCCCAGCCUCCUCCCCAGCCUCCUCCCCAGCCUCCUCCCUAGCCUCCUCCCCAGCCUCCUCCCCAGCCUCCUCCCCAGCCUCCUCCCCAGCCUCCUCCCCACCCUCCUCCCCACCCUCCUCCCCAGCCUCCUCCCCACCCUCCUCUCCAGCCUCCUCCCCACCCUCCUCCCCAGCCUCCUCCCCAGCCUCCUCCCCAGCCUCCUCCCCACCCUCCUCCCCACCCUCCUCCCCACCCUCCUCCCCAGCCUCCUCCCCACCCUCCUCUCCAGCCUCCUCCCCACCCUCCUCCCCACCCUCCUCCCCAGCCUCCUCCCCACCCUCCUCCCCACCCUCCUCCCCACCCUCCUCCCCACCCUCCUCCCCACCCUCCUCUCCAGCCUCCUCCCCACCCUCCUCCCCAGCCUCCUCCUCAGCCUCCUCCCCAGCCUCCUCCCCAGCCUCCUCCCCAGCCUCCUCCCCAGCCUCCUCCCCACCCUCCUCCCCACCCUCCUCCCCAGCCUCCUCCCCAGCCUCCUCCCCACCCUCCUCUCCAGCCUCCUCCCCACCCUCCUCCCCAGCCUCCUCCCCACCCUCCUCCCCACCCUCCUCUCCACCCUCCUCCCCACCCUCCUCCCCAGCCUCUCUUCCUCCCCUCCCUUCUGCUUCUCCCCCAAGCGUCCUCCCUACCUCCCUUCCUCCCAUCAUCACUUCCUCCCUUCCUUCAUUCCUGCAUUCCUCACUUCCUCCCUUCCUCCGUCUGCUCUGCAUCUGGUUGUGCAUGUGCUAG